CCACUCAUCCUCCAAAAUGGGCACCGUCGCUGAUCCCGCCAAGCAGGGCACGAAGUCGCUGAGCGGCUUCGCCACUGACUUCCUCAUGGGUGGUGUCUCGGCCGCCGUCUCGAAGACGGCCGCUGCGCCCAUCGAGCGUGUCAAGCUGCUCAUCCAGAACCAGGACGAGAUGAUCAAGCAGGGCCGCCUUGCCUCGCCCUACAAGGGCAUCGGCGACUGCUUCUCGCGCACGUACCAGCAGGAGGGCCUCGUGUCGCUGUGGCGCGGCAACACGGCCAACGUCAUCCGCUACUUCCCCACCCAGGCGCUCAACUUCGCCUUCAAGGACUUCUUCAAGUCCCUGUUCAAGGUGCCCAAGUCGGACCCGUACUGGAAGCAGCUCUCGGCCAACCUCGCGUCCGGUGGUGCCGCCGGUGCCUCGUCGCUCCUCUUCGUCUACUCGCUCGACUACGCCCGUACCCGCCUUGCCAACGACGCCAAGUCGACGGCCAAGGGCGGAGGCGAGCGCCAGUUCAACGGCCUCGUCGACGUGUACCGCAAGACGCUCGCCACUGACGGCAUCGCCGGUCUCUACCGUGGCUUCGUUCCCUCGGUCGUCGGCAUCGUCGUGUACCGCGGUCUCUACUUCGGCAUGUACGACUCGCUCAAGCCCGUGCUCCUCACCGGCUCGCUGCAGGGCAACUUCCUCGCCUCGUUCGCUCUCGGCUGGGCCGUCACGACGGGCUCGGGUCUUGCUUCGUACCCGCUCGACACGAUCCGUCGCCGCAUGAUGAUGACGUCGGGCGGCACUGGCCCGCACUACAAGUCGAUGAUGCACGCCGGCUCGGAGAUCGUCAAGGCCGAGGGUGUCAAGUCGCUCUUCAAGGGUGCCGGCGCCAACAUCCUGCGCGGCAUUGCCGGUGCCGGUGUGCUCUCCGGCUACGACAAGCUGCAGGAGAUCAUGCUCGGCAAGGUCUACAAGUAAAUGUCUCGCCGAGGCAGGGGAGCGUGCCCACCAUGAUUGCUCCCUCACACCACACACACCACGACGCUCCUGUCGCACACAUCCCACACCGCUGUUCUUCUCUCCAAUCAAGAGUAUUCGCGAC